AUGCUUAUUAUAAGGAGGUUAAUAAUCUUGAUAUAUAAUAUAAAAUUUUAUUUUAUACAAUCAAAUGAAAUUAUUUUGUAUAAAAAUGAAAUAAUAAUUAGAAUGGUAGAUAAUAAAAAUAUAUACAAUGGUUCUAAACUCCUCGAGGAGCGAAUCAACAGAUAAAUAUCUAUCUAAAUGUAGAAAAAUACUUAUUUAAUCAUAAAAAGUAGUUUGAUUUCAUAAAGAAAAAUGGAAGAACCAUUAGAAACAUUGAAUAAGCUAAGGAUAAGGAAAAUUAGAUUCAGAGAUAUACUGCUAACUAUUUGCUUAAGAUUAAAUCUAUUUAUUAAUAAGCCAAUAUAUUUAUUAUACAUAGUAUAAACAAGCUGUGAUUUUUAAAAAUUAUUUUUAAAAAUUAAAAUUUAUAUUGUUAUUUUUCUAAUAUUUAUUCAAUGA